AGCUGUGUUCUCUUGUCAAGUGUUACUUGAAAGCACAAAUUAUAAUUCUCAUUGGACAGUAUUUAAGUUUCAGUAUGUGACUGUAAAGCAGCAGAGAUGCAUUUGUUUCUUUUUUUUCUCUCCCCAUCAAAUUACUGAUGCAACAGACUAGAUUAACAAAAGAAGAAUACCGCCAGGCAAAAGACCUUGAUGCUGCACGUAAAGCUGGUACAGCGCCUGCAGAAGUUGACGAUGAAGGAAACGAAAUCAAUCCCCAUACUCCACAGUUUAUGUUAAAGGCUCCUUGGUACGUUGACACUGGUAAAGUGUCUUUGAAACAUCAAAAAGCUCCCGAAAAGCGAAGCGCGAGUAAAUUUACAGCUGAUGACAACUAUUGGUAUGCUAGAGGCAAAAGAGCAGGCCCUGCUGCAACAAAAUAUCGUAAAGGUGCCUGUGAAAACUGCGGUGCAAUGACCCAUAAAACGAAGGAUUGUGUAGAGCGACCAAGAAAAAAGGGUGCAAAAUGGACAGGAGAGAACAUCAAAGCGGAUGAGAUUAUACAGGAUGUUGAACUUGAUUGGGAUGAAAAGAGAGAUCGUUGGAAUGGUUAUGAUCCUAGAGAACACGAUAAGGUCAUUGAGGAAUAUAAUAAAAUUGAAGAAGCAAGAAGAAAGUUUAAAGCAACUGAAUUAGACAAGCAAGGUCCUACUACAACCUCUGAAGCUAAAAAGAUUGCUGGUAUAUCUGACGAUGAAGAUGAAGAAGAUGACGAUAAGUACGCUGACGCUGCCGAUAUGCCUGGUCAGCACGUUAACCAAAAGACAAGAACAACUAUUCGUAAUUUGAGAAUUCGUGAAGACACAGCUAAAUAUCUUUUGAACUUGGAUCCUGAGUCAGCAUUCUAUGACCCCAAGACACGUUCUAUGCGUGAAAAUCCAUUAAAAGAUAAAAAGGCAGAUAGUCUCGAUUAUGCAGGUGAUAACUUUGUUCGACAUACAGGUGAAACCCCUGAAAUGGCCAAGGUGCAAAUGUUUGCAUGGCAAGCUUCAGAGAGAGGCAACGAGGUUCAUCUUCAAGCCAAUCCUACGCAGGUAGCAUUACUACAUAAACAGUAUGAAUCAAAGAAGGAUGAAGUGAGAGAGGCGACACAAAAGAGCAUACUGGAGAAAUAUGGUGGAGAAGAGUAUUUGGAGGCACCUCCAAAGGAAUUACUGCUAGCACAAACAGAAAACUAUGUCGAAUACUCUAGAACGGGUAGAGUAAUCAAAGGACAAGAAAGAGCAAAAGCAAAAUCUAAAUAUGAAGAAGAUGUAUAUAUCAAUAACCAUACAACUGUAUGGGGAUCAUAUUGGCUGGAAGGAAGAUGGGGAUAUAAGUGCUGUCGAUCAUUUGUAAGAAAUUCAUACUGUACAGGCGCAGCUGGUAUUGAAGCUCAAAAAGCAGCUCAAUUACUUAAAUAACAAAUGCAUUCUAAUAAGGAACUUCAUUAUUUUGCAUCAAAUAAACUUUUUAAUAUUCAGAC